AAACAAAUAAGUAAAUUUCUCGACAGAUAGACGUGAAAAGGGGCCGAGUAGCAAGAGAGAAUGCAUUUGACGCGUUUCUGGAUAAAAUCGGAGCUAGAAAUCUGGUAAUGGGGAGAGAACCUGUGGACAAACACAUGGAUAAUAAGCCAAACAGUUUAACAACAAGCUCAACGGGAUCUUCGGAUAAUAAUAAAGUCCAAGGUCAAACAACUAUCGAGGCUGCGGAGGUGAAGGAAUGCACCAAGCAGAACUUGGUUGCCAAUGAUGCUCAUCAGAGGCAACAAGUUCUUCACACAAAUGUCGAAGGGAUUAAUGAUUCGCCUGGAUUCCAUAAAUCUUCUGACAAUAAGAAGAAACUAAACGCAUCAUCGCUUAAAACUCGUGGUAGUGCGAACUACACUGUUCCAAAGCCAUUCUCUCUGUCAGCUGAAAAGCCUGCUUCCUCAAACUCCGGAAGAGCAAGAGCUGAUAAUACUUCAUCAGUAAAUGCUAUUAGCCACAACUCUUCUUCGGGAUCAAGAGGUUCACAGCCAAAUUCCCCUCUACCAGCUAGAAAGACAAUAGAUCACAAGAAGCACCAUGAUGAAGACGAUAAUUUUUCCGUUGCUUCCUCAUCAGCUACAUCAGUAAGAACUACUAAACCCAAAAUAACGAUUGGAGUUGCUCCAACAUUUAGGAGCACAUCACGGUUGGAGAGACGGAAAGAGUUUUACCAGAAAUUAGAGGAGAAACAGAAAGCUCUUGAGGAAGAGAAAAGAGAAAACGAGAAAAGGCUCAAGGAAGAGCAAGAAGUAGUUACUAAGCAACUGCGGAAGAACAUGGCUUACAAAGCUAAUCCGGUACCAAAUUUCUACUACGAGGCUCCUCCACCGAAACUUCCAUUGAAAAAGUUUCCCCUGACUCGGCCCAAGUCACCAAACCUUAACCGCAGAAAAAGCUGCAGCGACACAGUUAAUUCAUCAAAUCAGGAGGUGAAGGGGAAGCAUUGUGUUCGGCAUCGCCACAGCGUAGACGGUUGCAAGGAAGAUUCCAAAACGAACAAUAGCCCGAGGACUCCAAAUAUGAGAAAGUCCACAAAGGAAACACCAAAGUCUGAAGAACUGCAUGGAAUGAACAAGAGUGGCCGUGAUGGUGAGAGAAGUAAGAGUGGCAUUGAUGUUGUGGAGUGAAGAAACGUGACGCGCGUAGUUAUAGUUUCGUUUUAACUAACUUGGCGAAUGAGAAAAGAAGGAGAAGGGUGAGAAGUAAGUGUAAGGAGAAGAACAGGUUUUAGAGUGAAAGAACAAUCAAGUUUCGAAUUCUUUUGUUUUUUACUUAAUAUCUGCAGAUCGAUGUUCAAAAUUUGAUAGCUAAAUCAGCUGCUCACUGUCGUUUUGAUCUUUUCUUAUCUAUUGGACAAUGAUGUGAAAUGUAUAUUAAGUUGUUGUAU